CUAAUUUCAUGAUAACCAGUAAGAGCUAAUCUCACAGGAAGGCCUCGUUGCUAAUGGAGGAGCGUCCAUAGCAGCGAACACCGGAGCCAAGCAAUAUUAACCGGACUAAGACAUGAUGGCUGCAUCUGCAUUACGUAUUGGAGACCAGCUGAUCUUAGAGGAAGAUUAUGAUGAAAACUAUAUUCCCCAAGAACACGAAAUCCAAGAGUAUGCACGAUUGAUUGGAAUAGACCCUGAAGCAGAGCCUGAACUUAUGUGGUUAGCUCGGGAGUGCAUUGUGGCACCCUUACCUUCAGAAUGGAAACCUUGCCAAGAUGUUACAGGGGAUAUAUAUUACUUUAACUUUUCCACCGGAAAGUCUACAUGGGAUCACCCAAAUGAUGAACAUUAUCGGGAGAUGGUGAAGCAGGAGAGGGAAAAGCUACAGGCACGUGGUGGGGGUAAGAAGAAAGAAAAGAUCAGGAAAAAGGAGAAGAAGAAAGAAAAGAAAAGCAAAGAGGUGCCAAAACCCAUUCCGUCCUCUCUUGGACCAAUGCAAAGUUCCCUGGGGAGUCUAGCCCCUCUUCGAGGUCUUAGCCAACCAACGGGAACCAGUGGAGGCACACGGGUUUCACUGAGCAGCAGUGCAGGAAGUUCAGGGGGAUUUGACUCCCUGCUAACUGGCACACCUAGGAAUUCAUCCAAACUUACUUCUUAUAUCAAGAGCAGUGCAGGACAUCGAUCAGAGGAAAUAAAUCUACCUGGUCUAGAGGAAGAUAUGGAGGGUGAGCAAGAGAGUGAAGAUCAGAGCCCCUGGGGGUCCCCACGUCUACUCAAAAACUUGCAUAUGGACCUUGGAUAUCUGGGCGGAGGUUUUGAAUAUGAGGACUCUGAAGUGAGUGAGGAUGCCAAGCAUUUGGCAGAUAACAAAGAGGCUAUCUUGGAUUUGAAGUCCAUUGGUCGGUCAGAUGAAAAGGUGUUGGACAUCAGUGCCUUAUCGCCAAGACCUCUUAGCCCCAAGGAAGCUAAAGUUUUAGAAGAUGUCAAAGAAUUUUCAGAAUCUGCUAAGAGAAGAGGGAAUGUCUUGGAAUUUGGUCAGCUAGAUGAAAAGGUGUUAGAUAUCAGUGCCCUGUCACCUUUGCCUCUCAGCCCCAAGGCCUUGGAAGUGAGUGAGGAUGAAGAUUUUUCAGAAUCUGCCAACAGUAGAAAGGCCGUUUUGGAUUUUGGGUUUAGAGGUCAAUCAGUAGAAAAGGUACUGGACAUAAGUGCCCUGUCUUCAAAACCUCUCAGUCCCAAGGAUAUAAUAGAAGAGGAGGACCUGAGUGAAGAUAUAGAGGAAAAGGAUAUAAGCGAGGAAGAUGUAAGCAAGAAACUUGACAUGGACCAAAUGACAGAUAUAAAAGAGAAAGUUGUGGAGAAAGUGAGCAAAGAAAAUGCUAGAAAUCACGUAAGUGAGGAACACAUGGAAGAGCAGAUCAAGGAUAAUCUGAAUGAAGCACACAUUAAAGAUCAUGCCAAGGCCAUUACAGAAAGGAGUGAAAGGCAAAGUCAUUUAGAUGAGGAAUCGGUAUCUUUGUCUGAGGAGUCAUCCAGUCAUAAGAUUGAUCCCCCUGAAACUGUUGUGGAUUUCCCUAAUUUAGUUGAAAAUUACUCCAAACCUACUGAGGCUACACAAAAAUUUGAUGAAGAGACAUCUAAGUUAGAAGAUGCAGGGAAAGAGAGAGCUUUAGAGGAGGAAAUCAUGCAGAGACCACAACAUCUGAGAGAGUCAUUGAGGCUUCAGGAAGAAAAGGACUCUAGACUUCUGCGAGAGCAACAUGAAAGCAACCUCAGGACCUUGAGGGAAACACUGGAACUAGAAAUGCAGAAGGAGGAAGCCAGAAUGAGAGAGAUUCAGACAGAAAGACUUCAAAUGCUAGAAUCUGAACUAAGAAUAGAAAGAGAGACAGAGGAAAAAAGAAUAAGAGAACGUGAGGAAGCUCUUCAUGAAGAUCUGCAUAGAGCAGCAGAGCAACUUAAGACCUCCUUGGAGGAAUUAGGGCUGCAGUUGAACACUUCCUUGAAAGAGAAAAUAAAGAGUGAAACUGAAGCAUCUUUGAAAGAGGAAAGAAAUAUUCUGCUAAAAGAAAGAGAAACCUUAAUCAGUGAACUUAGGGAGACCCUAAAACUACAGACUAAAGAGGCUCUUGAGUCAUUAGAACGGCAGCAUAUGCAGAAGGUGGAGCAACACAGAGUGACAAUCAGUGGCAAAGCUGUAGAGAUUUCCCAGAAUGAUGUCCAGACAGCCAAUGACGUUGAACUCACCCACAGGAAAGUGUCCCAGGUGUUAGAAUAUGAGAGAGAGCUUAGUGAUCUCUUGGAGGAAAAGAGAAGAGAGGUGCAAAGGGAUCAUGAGACAAAGAUGGCGAGACUGAAGGAGCAGCAUGAUCAGGAGCAAGAGAGAGUGCAGUCCCAGUAUGAGGAGCAGGAGCAUAAUCUGCGAACCCAGAUGCUAGAGAUGCUACAAGAAGAACGGAGAAGGAUGUUGCAAAUUCAUGAACAAGAACUGGAGGCAGAACGUCAGAUCCUGGAAACAAAUCAGGAGGAGAGACGUUGUGCUUACCAAGACAAGGAGACUCAACUGCAGGCCUUGGAGCAAAAGCAACAGAUUCGAAGGAAGCAUCUAGAGGCAGAAACAUUGCAGAUAGACAUCCAGGAGGAUGUUUUAAAAAAAAGAAGAGAACAACUGGAUGAACAGGAGCUGGAGCUAGAGAAGAGAGCUGAGGGUUUGGAAACUUCACGUCUCAGUCGGCAUGUGCAGGACAAUAAAGAACAGCUACUUCGUAAAUCAGUCCGACAAAUAGAGAGAGAAUUUGAGGAGAUUAAAGGUCAAAAAACUGAGCUUGAAACUGAGAUACAAUUGUUACAGUCUCGCCGUGAACGAUUGCAGAAAAUAGUAAGUGAUUUAGAUAAGGAGAUCAGCUGCAAACGUAAACAUCUAAAUGAUAAAGAUAGUGAGACAGAGAAAAUGGAGCCUGUACUUACCUUAGAAGACCUGACACGGACCAGGAAGUCUCUGCAUAAGGAUAGCUCUGAACAUCCCCAGUCACCAGUAUAUACAGAGGGCAAUGAGGACAUAUUGACUAAUGUGCGGCAUUACAUCUCAUCUCAAGGUGCCUCCAUACAAAGUGCAAAGGAUUUCUUGCAGCAACAAACCCACUCAAUGCGCCGCCGGCAGAGCCUGCUCAGGUCCACCAAGCAUCAGUGGCGACAUGACAAUAUGCAGUUAAGCCCGGAUGCAGAUGGAUUACAACUUGCAGAGAGAGGGGGAAAUAGCAUUGAAGAGGAACCACACAUUCUGCAUGAUGUACACUCUACCAUGCAAAAGGGACAGAUCUUGCUACAAAAAAAGGAGCAGCAUUUGCAGGACCUGGAAAACUCACUUAUGAAAGAGAUAUUGGAAGAGGAUGGAAUGAAAGGUGCAAGUAGUAAGAAGGUGGUGACUUUUGACCUAAGUGACUCAGAGGACUCAAGCAGUAUAUUAAGUACUGACCUAAACAGAUGUAGUAAUAUGGGCUCACAGCCUUUUCUUCCCAUCAAAGUACAGCAUCUAAGUAAUUCAUUGUGUCGUAUCACAGCUGAGCUCAAUGGGGUUCUAAAGUCCAUGGAAUCAGUCACCUCUGAUCCUAAUGUCACUCUCCCUACCUACAUUCCAACCAGCACACCUCUAUCUGUGCCACAGCCCUUCUCUCUAAACAAGCUGAGUACUUUGGCUGCAACACCUUUGUCCUCACCAUCUAGCAGAACAAAUGGUAUAUCAAGACUUAAUGAUACUUCUUCCUCCUCUUUGGAUGCCAUGUUAAAGGAAAAAUUGCGCAAGUAUUUUCCAGAACAAUCCCCAUGGUUGAAUAAUUACCCCACAAGGACAGAAAAUACUUUUGGAUAUAUAUCAGCCAGAGAGCAAACUCAUAUGAUGCAGAGCACAGCACCACAUAUUCAAGACACAGACAGUCGAAGUGUUGAUCAGAUGAUUGACUCCAGCAAGAAGUGGCUUGAUAGCUACAGGAGAGACCCCAAAGUGCCUCUUUUUCCCAGGGCAAGCAAAUAUGCCACAGGGGGAAGGCUCCUUCAGCUGGAACUGGAUGAACACAACCAAAUCAAAGUCUGUCAUUAUUAGACGCGAAACAUCUCCCUAGGCAGAUACAUGGAGCAUGCAGCACCUUAACCUAAAGAGAUCACUCUUAUAAAAACAAUUUACCUCAGUUGAGUAUCCUAUAUGCCGUUUAUAGAAUCAUAAGUCAAUGCAUUUGAACAGCAGGAUUGCGUGUAACAUUAUUGCAGUGUUUACUCUGGGCAUGCAAAGCUAGGGGUAUGUCAGGCUUAGCAUGUAACAGUGUGUUACAUCUUUGGCCAAGAGAGGACUUGAAAUUCCUGUAUGAUGAUUUGUAGAUCAUUCAUAACCCCCAUCCCAGCAAGAAUAUUAUAAAGCUUAAUAUCCUUUUUUUAUCUAAUGUUCUCACAACAGUACUGUCACUAAAUAAGCAACUGUACAUCCUUAUGGGGUAGAUCAACUCUGUAUACUCGUCUUCCCUCUAAUCUUCAGUUUGAGUUUGCUGCUUUUCUACUGCAGACUUUUUUUCACAGAGGAAGAAAGAAAAAUGUGACACCUUUGUUCUAGCUUUUUCUGCUACAAUUGGACCAGGAUGGUGAUCUUUCAGGCAGCCUGUAUCCCUGAUGGGCUUAAUAUUGUUGUGACCUUGGCACAAGGAAAUAGUUGUUAAUUUACUAUAUUGGAAAUUUGUACUGUUGUCAUGCACUUUGACACAAAAGAUUUGUAAAAAUACCAUCAGCUUGUUGAGAUAGGAGUAGAUCUUCCCCCAAUAGCAGUUUUUCUUCUUACUGAAUUUCUGUAAGAAUAUGGAAAUUUAAGAAUUAUCUGUCUCAUUCAGAGCAAAAUCCGAUCUUAAGGCUUUUGACUUUAAGUGGAAAGUUAAACAUUUUUAAUAAAAAGUUUUAAUUGACGACACAUUUUUUUCUAUAGCAACAUAUCAAUUUUCUGUCUUUGAAAGUGAUUUUAUGCUUACAUCAAGCAAUUAUGUGGCACUUUCAGGAACACCGUAGAAUAAAAACUAAAUUUAGAUGCAAUAAAGUUUAUAGGUCUCCAGGAACCUCAGAGCUUACAAAUAUAGGCAACUCAAUGAUUCAUAGAGAAAAGUGGCUGAGCCUCAGAUUGAAUUUUGCCAUCCUCUCUGGCUGAAAUGUGAGGUUUGUUUUUGUUUUGUUUUUGGGGGGGGGGGGGGUCUCGGACCAGAUUUAGAACUUUAGACACACCCGCAGAGUGCCUUAGCCAUCCUACUCGACGGGAAAAACACAUUUAACAAUGACUGUACAUUAUUAAUAGUAUCUUUAUACGUAAUGUGACAACUGCACUAUAUGGGGGUACUAUAAAUAAAUAUGGGACAGGGAAGGCAGUCUAAGAUAGGGUUACAAGGCCCAGCUCCCUGACAUAAAUUGUUCUAAUCUGAAUUCUUACAUACAAUACAAAAUGUAAGCAAUAUAUAUGUACAUAUUUUUCAGUAUAUUUUUUGCUAUAUUAAAUAUAAUAUAUAUUUCAUUUACCUAUUUUAUUGUAUUGCUGUAUUCUAACCCAUUAAAUUCACAAAUAAAGUGAGAGCCCCAAAUUUAGCCACAUUGCUUAUAAUGGUUCGCAGGUCUCACAUCAGCAGUUUAUUUUUAAGAAAAACAAAACUUUAGUAUAUCUAGUCCAGCAGUUGCCGUUUAUAUUCAAGAUUUACUGAGCUAUCAGACCAUCUACUCAGCAGAAUGUCUGCUGCUUAAGUAAACGGUGCAUCUUAUGGCAUUUAGGGAAAACAGCAAGAUACUUUAGCAUUGUGUGAGUAGCAAGGAUAUUUAGGCCUUUAAGGAAAUGCAUAUAUGUAGUUGAAUUUUAAAGGAAUCACAAGCUCAUAUAUAGCAAACUGUUAUGCUUUUACAGUGGAUCAACCAAGACCAGAAACAAUAAUCUGCUGUUUUUGCAUUACUGUAAUUCCCCAGUCUGUCAUAUUUUAUAAUGAAAACUUGAAUAUUGUCAUGUUUGGUUGUGAUUCUGAAUAGAGAAUAUUCUGACAAUCUCAAUCUGUUUCUACUUUAUUUUAGACUUAGAGAGACACUGAAUACAUUUCAUGCAACUCCCUCUAAUCAUGGGCGCUGCCAUUAUGGAACCUACGUUACACUGCACAUGUGCAACAGUUCUACUUUAGAUACCUACAAACAGGUCAGAUAGUGAACGAUAGAAGGCGGGGAAUAACCUCAAUACUAUGCUUAUAAAAUAUAUUGAGUGUUUAAUGUCCAUUUUAAAUCUGUGGCCACCAAAACCUAUUAGAGGGUGUCAUUUAACUCUUCAAAUGAUAUGAAGAGUGGAAUGUUGCUGCUCUUCAAAUUCUGAAGUUAUUCUAGGAUGCCAUUGAUAAUUACAGUUGUAAUUAAACUUCACACUCAGUUACUCCUGUCGAUCUUCACCUAGAUGUCCUAUUUUUCAGAGCUUUGAAAGACUUUACCCAGUUUCCUAUCAUUUCAUUCCUACGUGGGAUUUGAAACUGAUGAACUUACAUAUUGACUCUCAAGAUAAUUUUUUAAUGUCUACAUUCCGAAAAAUGGGAAAUUUAGGAUCUUAACUUUGUAUUCUUCCUUUCCAGAUUCUUCCCUUAUUAAAAACAGGUUUCUUUAAUUAUCCUGUUUAACUUUUUAUUAUGCUGGUCCAUGAUGAAAUCAAAAAUUUAAACAGGUUGUGCAAGGCAGCCAUGUGACCCUAUUUGCAUUAAUUCACAAACUUUUUCCAAGUAAAUGGACAUGGAAGUAUGCAUGCGUGUUAAUGGGUCAUUUCCAGUCUGCUGACUGCAUUACAAAACUGUGUUGUUUUUUUGUUUGUUUUUUUAAAUAAAACGUGCAUACUUUGUUUUUAAAAUUAGGCUUUAUUCCAGAUUAAUGCAAGCAUCUGCUUAGGCCUUGUGAGUACAUGAGGGGAAAAUAGAAUGACUAAUUUUAUUCUGCAUUUCUUCAUUAUAAAAACAGUAAAUGAAGGCAUGUUGUGCUGAUUACAAGUUACUGGCUUCUUUUUCUUCCUCCUCUCCAACUUAACUUUAUCUAAGAUGGUGAUGAGAAUACUUAAAAUGAUGUCUGAAGAUUUUAUGGAGUUUCUCUGGGUACUUUACGUAAAAUAAAUGAAUGUGCUGUUCCUUCAAACAUAUAAACAUUGAGUUAUUAUAUUUAUCCUAUCUGCUUUGCUGGGUGUAGAAUACAUCUUCUAUUUUAUAUCAUUUCCAAUUUAGGGAUAGAUUACAAGUGGAGCGCAAAGUUAUCGUGCACCCGUAAAUGGGUACAUACGCCAGUUUACGGGCGCUCGAUAAAUAACCAGCCAUUACAAGUGGCUAAAUAUUGCUACCCCAAGCUCGUAGUAGCAAUUAGUGCUCAAAAAAUUAACCAGAGGUCAGACCUCCUGGUUAAUUUUUAAAAUAGCCCUCAAUUGCCCCCAAAAUACAGUGUAGUAUGCCUUUUUAAAAAUAAUAAAUGCACAAAGUUAAAGUGAGCAUAUCUGGGGUGUGAAAAGGGCCUUUACAUUGCAGUCUAUAGGGAACUGUUUAUUUAUAUACACAUAAACACAUAAAUAUGUAUAUAUUUAUAUAGAUACAGUAUAUACUUAACCUUUGCUGCCCAUCGCUGCACGACUUACCCCCUUUGCUGCGCUAGGUUUUCAUGCAUGAGAACGAGUCUCCAAUUGGAGCCUAUGCAAGCACGCUCUUGUGAGCGCAAAGCUUCCUAGCGAGGUCGUGUUCACAUAUCGCUCAACUUGUAAGCGAUAUUUUGUUCUCCACUCAUAAUCUGGCCCUUAAUAUGGGUAGCUUCCCUCCAUUGGAUCUAUCAAAUCUUAUUCUCCUUUAAUAAGUAUUAUUUAAAAAUAAAAGAUUAUGGCAUACGACUUCCCAGAGUCCUCUCUUGAAACUCAGCAUGACAUGAUAUACAUCCCAGGAAACUUGUAGGAUUUAUCUUGUCUCUUCUUGGGACCUGGCAGAGCAUAGCACCUCUCCUCAAGACAUCACAAAUCAUGGCACUUGUUCCAUAUUUAUGCAAGAACCUUUUUUGUAAUGUUACAUAAUUUCGGUUUACUUUUGGGAACCUGAAUGUACAUUUUAUACAGAACCUCUAUAUUUAUAUAAAGACUUAUGUAUUCAAGAAGUGUGUAGGCAUGUUACCAUAUUUACAAGCCAGAGUUUUGAGCAAGAGACGGAGAUAGAUAGAACUGUGCUCCUUUAGCCUUUUGUAUGUGUGUGAAACAAUAUGCAAUCAGGGAGGCAUAUCCAAGCAAAAAAAUGACAAAAAUAUAAUAUAAAGAGAAAAAUAAAGGGAGCUUAUAAACACAUACAAAGGCUCACAUGAACUAAUAAACAAAAAUGUGCAUGUAGAAAUGCAGAUGGACUGACUGAAGGGGACCUAUGGAAAUUAACAUGGACUGAUAAAAUAUAUAUGAAUGACCAUCACAUAGAGAUUUAUAGUAAGACAAAUUAUUUUGCUAUAUUUUUAUUGAUAUGUUUUUGUAAUUUCACAAGUUAUAUUUUGAAUUGUCUAAUUUAUUUAUUGCUGCUGAAUGUUUAUAUUAUUUAUAUUUUUACCACUUGCUAAUGCUGUUGAGAUUUAUUUUGUAAAGAUAUUAAACCUACUAUUAGUAA